CACAGAGUGAGGGACAGGAGACCAUAUGCACUAAGGGCAAAGGGAGAAACGAACCUGCUUGAGGAAGUCACCAUCCUGCAGGAGGCUUCAAGUACCUGGAUGGAGGCCUGAGGCUGGAUCACUUUAAGGGAACUGUGGUGUUUGGACAUCUGAGUAACCAGAAAUGAGCAACAUUUGGAGCACCAUGCGGAGGGACUCACCCUUGUGGACCUGCCUCUUCUUGUAUCUUGCUGCUCUUCUGCUCCAACAGGCAGAGGCCCAGGAACGCUGUCAAGUACCCACACAAAAGGGAAUGAAGGAGGAGGUGAACAUGGUGGCUGACAUGGACAACCGCAUGGAAAAAGGAGGCUAUGUACAGAGUGGGAAGCUGGACAGAUUAAAACAGUUAGAACAGAUGCUGUUGAAAGUCAGUUUCCAAGAGGACAACUUCACUGUCAUAUGCCCCAACAUUCAGACUUUCGUAUUCAAGAUUAAGCCAAUGAAUUUCCGAUGGCUGAAUCUCAGCAGCAAGUCAAUACCGCAGUCCAAGUCCAGAACCCAACACUCCAUGCAUUUCCCAGCUGAACUGAUGAAGAAAAGCCGGAGUGGAGUGGCAGAAAUGAAACUUGUCUGCAUUUAUCUCAACACUCCUGGCCUGUUCCAGGAUGGGAAGAAUAGCUCCCUACUGAACAAUGACAUCUUAGGGGCCACCCUUGCAAACACCCGCGUCACCAACCUCACUGAGCCUGUGGAGAUCCGGUUCUGGCAUAACCAAACACUGGAUAACUCAAAUGCGAGCUGUGUCUUUUGGGUGGAAGGAACAGAAAACAACAGCCUGGGGAACUGGAGCAGCGUUGGCUGUGAGACCAUCCACUGGAAAGACGUAGUGCUGUGCCAGUGUAAACACCUCACCUACUUCGCUGUGCUGCUGAAAAUCUCCUCAGCGCCCAUAAACAAGGCCAUCCUGGCUCCUCUCACCUACAUCUCCAUGGUGGGCUGCAGUGUCUCGGCUGCUGCCUCGCUUCUCACCGUCCUCCACUACCUCGCCUCCAGGAAAAAGAGCAGAGAUUAUACAAACAGAAUCCACAUGAACCUGCUGGGUGCCCUCUUCUUGCUGAAUGUCUUCUUCCUGCUCAGUGGGACCCUGGCAUCCGUUCAUUCCACAUGGCUCUGCAGAGGCGCUGCUGCCUUCCUCCAAUACUCCCUGCUCUGUUGCUUGACCUGGAUGGCCAUUGAGGGCUUCCACCUCUACCUGCUCUUGAUCAAAGUCUACAACGUGUACAUCAGGAGAUACGUCCUCAAGCUGUGUGCCGUUGGCUGGGGAUUGCCAGCCUUAACUGUGGUUAGCAUUCUCAUCUUCAAGGAAGAGGCAUACGGGCUGCACAUAAUUGAAACUGACACGGGCUACAACAAUACAACUAUGUGUUGGAUCACAGACAAGGCCCAGGCUGUUCAUUACAUCCUCAACGUGGGCUACGCUGGAAUCACCGUACUCUUCAACAUGGUCAUCUUAGUCACCGUCAUGAGGAUGCUGAGGAAAUUGAGAUCCAACAUGAACAGUCAGAAAGAACAAGUGAAGAAGGAUCUGGUGACAGUGCUGGGACUGACCUGCCUGCUAGGAACGACCUGGGCACUGGCCUUCCUCAGUUUCGGUGUCUUCUUGAUUCCUCAGCUCAUCCUCUUCACUAUCAUCAAUUCCCUCCUGGGGUUCUUCAUCUGCCUCUGGUACUGCACCGUCUGCCGCCAGCCGGACCCCAGCCCCUCCACCGGGAGUUCUCAGAUGACAAAAUAACCAGGCCAGCCAGCUGGACUAUGCUCCCAAAAGGGCACAGCUCACCCCCCCAGGAGCAGACUCACUUGCUGGAACUGGCCUGCCCCAGUUGCCCUAGGCAAGUCUGCGCUUCCGAUGGAGGAUUUAGCAAGGAAAGAGACACACUCCUCAGUGCCUUCACACACGUGGCAGCAAACAGUGCGACAAUGAGCCUUCAAAGCAGCUUAUGCAGAGUUGUCGAGAAGGUGAACAGGACCUGGGUGAGACUGAGGGGUCACAGAACAGUCACUCUCACAACACAGGGAAUUGCUGUUCCCUAGGAGGCUAUAGGCAGACAAUGCUUGGGGCAUUGAUUCCCGCUGCAUUGCGCCUUGUGUCUUUAUUUACACCUGUGAGUGCAGAGAAGGUGCACAUCGCUACCAAACCAGACCUCCCCACCCACUCACACCAGAGGUAAUGUCGUACAAUUACUUCACACACACCACAAGGGGCAAAGCAAGGAGAAUCAGAGCCUCUGUGCCUGUCCCCUCCAGGAAGCUAUAAACAUCCCGGUUUGGUACAUUUCCUUUUCAAAUCAUGCGAUGAUUCUCCUGUCCCGGUCACGUCACCAUGGAGAGAGAUUCUAUACUCAGCUAACUGCCUGGCACAGGCCCCUACCAUUCAAGCUAAAUGAGAGGAUCCGUUAGCAGUACGGGACUAAUGACGUACAUUGGAGCAGUUCUGAUUCCAUUCAGUAGAGGGUAAUGGUGUAUGCAAGUUCGUACACACACCGACCUGCUCACCCCAACACCAACUCAUUACGAACAAAUCAGAGGUACCUUGACUUUUGAGGAGGUUGAAACUCAAAUCCGAACCCUGCUGCUCAAGCCCAUCUCUGAUUUAAAGAGGACAGGUGAACAACAGGGGAAGGAGAUGGAAGGAAGCUGCAGAAAGGAAAGAACUAGAAAUUGGAGAGGAGGAAUUACGGAGCAGGGCAAUAAAGAAACAGACAUGGUGAAACAGGGAGCACAGGGAAAGGAAGUAAUAGCAAAGGGGCUGUGAAUUCCUGGAUGCUGGAGACUGUAUGCGGGACAUCAGCCACUGCUCACUGGUGAGUGAAGAGAUCUUGCCGCAAAGGUAGAUGCUGCAGCUCAGUUCUCUCUCUCUCUCUCUCUCUCUCUCACUCACAGACAAGUCCACAGCCUGGAUGGACUAAACCUGGAACAAAUGUGCUUUCGCUUUUUUAAUGAUCACGUGGGGAGUUUAUUACUCUUUUGAACCUAACCAAAGGCUUCCAUUAAACUGCUUUACAAUGGGGCAUCCACCCCACCCCCACCACUGCCUUCUCUGGCCAAAGCCCAUUCCCAGUGUUGGACCUUGUUACAUGCAAAUGACUGGAGCCAGCCUACUGGAGUAAUAUAAACAAACAAUUACCCUAGUGACUCCUCUUGAAGCCAUCCAGUCUGUUAUGUAUUUGAAGCUGGGCCUGUGUCAAAAUUUCUUGCUGAAGGGUCCACCACAGAAUAAGUGUGUUUAACUGAGGCCCUGCUACUCAUGCCCAUUGGAAGGCUCCACAGACAUAUUAUCAUAGCUGGGAUAUGGUCCUGUGAUCAUAGGAGUCCUUGUGGCACCUUAGAGACUAACAAAUUUAUUUGAGCAUAAGCUUUCGU